AUGGGCAGCGCGGCGCUGGGGGGCGGCCCGCGGGGGCUGCGGGCACUCACCGGGUGCCUGCUGGGCGCCCUGGUGCUGGGCACGCUGCUGGGCAAUGCGCUCGUGUGCCUCGCCGUCCUGCGCUUCCGCCACCUCCGCAACAAGGUCACCAACUGGUUCGUGCUGUCACUGGCCGUCUCGGACCUCUGCGUGGCCGUCCUGGUGAUGCCCUGGAAGGCGGUCACUGAGGUGGCUGGAGGCUCCUGGCUCUUCGGCAGCCACUUCUGUGACACCUGGGUAGCCUUCGACAUCAUGUGCUCCACCGCCUCCAUCCUCCACCUCUGCAUCAUCAGCCUGGACCGGUACUGGGCCAUCGCCAGCCCCUUCCGCUACGAGCGCAGGAUGACGCAGCGCCUUGCUUGUGCCAUGAUAGCCCUGGCCUGGGCUCUCUCCGUCCUCAUCUCCUUCACCCCGGUGCAGCUACACUGGCAUAAAGCCAAAGACACUAGAGAUCCAGGCUCCUGGCUGCCUGGGACACCCCACUGUGAUGUCAGGUUGAACCGUGCUUAUGCCAUCACCUCCUCCAUUAUCAGCUUCUACAUCCCCGUGGCCAUCAUGAUCAUCACCUAUACCAGGAUCUACAGAAUUGCCCAGGCCCAGAUCCGCCGCAUCUCCACCCUUGAGAGGGCAGGGGGCCAGUGGCCGGCUGCUGGCAGGGAGCCCAGCUCCUCUCUGCGGAGCUCCUUGCACAAGGAGACCAGGGUGCUGCAGACCCUUUCCAUCAUAAUGGGAGUCUUUGUUUGCUGCUGGCUGCCCUUCUUCCUGCUGAACUGCCUGCUGCCUUUCUGCCAGCCCAGCCUCGAGGGACACCCUGAGGGACAGUCACUCUGCAUUGGCCAAACCACCUUUAACGUCUUUGUGUGGUUUGGCUGGGCCAACUCUUCAGUGAAUCCAGUGAUCUAUGCUUUCAACGCAGACUUCAGGAGGGCUUUCAGCAACCUCUUGGGCUGCCGGUGCUGCUGCUGUGGCACACCCAAAUCCCCUGUGGAGAGGCUCAACUUGAGCAAUGAGCUGGUUUCCUAUCACCAUGACACCAGCUGCCAGAAGGAAGGAGCUGUCCCAUCAUUAGUACCUCCUGCUGCCAUCACUGCCUGGGUGCAGCCCGUCUCCUGUGCCAUAAGCCUCCAGGGAGAGGACAGCAGUGAGGAGAUGCCUAUGGAGAAGAGGGUUGUGACUUCUCAGACACAGACUGCCCCUGGCAGCAGCCCCAAUAGUUGUCAAGUGCCAGCUGUUUUGCAAUUGGAUUGCAAGGCAAAGCCAUCCCUGGAAACUGUUGCAUGCUCUACAGACAGGACUUGGUCAGUGUGA